GUGGGCACAGCUGCUUUAGAAUCAAGAGAUAAAGGAAAGAAGGAAAACAAAUCCAGAAUUGCUAUGUGAAAACCUUGCUGACAUGUAAUGCUGUCAGAACAUUCAUAAAGAGCAGAAACCCUAUUCAGUGUCAAUAUCAGGAUGAAUAUUUAAACAACAGUCUUCAGUCUUGCCUCAAAAUGUCCCUGUGUGCAUCUUCUCACAAGGACUUUUCUCAGUUGCUGCCACUUCAGGAUAUUGGAUGCAAUAAAACAGAAAUUAAAAACUCACCCGCUGGUAUCGUCUCUCCAGUUCCCUACAGCUGUAAUCAGUCCACGUUGACAGCAGAACACAGUCCAGUCUAUAUUCCCUCAUCUUACAUGGAAAACAGACAUGAAUAUUCUGCGAUGGCAUUCUGCAGUCCUGCUGUGAUGAAUUACAGCAUUACCAGCAAUUUUGGUGAUUCAGAGAGUGCAUCUGUGAGGCAAACAUCAAGCCCCAACGUGUUAUGGUCUGCUCCUGGCCACCUCUCCCCUCUGACAUUGCACUGUCAGUCUUCGCUUCUGUAUGCGGAGCAGCCACGGAGUCCGUGGUGUGAAGCAAGACCGAUGGAGCCAGUGCUACCUGUGACCAGAGAAACGUUAAAAAGAAAAACUAAUGGCAAUGACUGUACAAGCCCAAUUGCAAAUAAUCCUGGCUCGAAAAGGGAUGCCCACUUCUGUGCAGUCUGCAGUGACUAUGCUUCAGGAUACCACUAUGGGGUCUGGUCAUGUGAAGGCUGCAAAGCAUUCUUUAAAAGAAGUAUUCAAGGACAUAACGAUUACAUCUGCCCAGCCACCAAUCAAUGCACGAUAGACAAAAACAGGCGCAAAAGCUGCCAGGCAUGCCGGCUACGGAAAUGUUAUGAAGUGGGAAUGAUGAAAUGUGGCUCAAGAAGAGAACGUUGUGGAUAUCGGAUCCUGCGUCGCCAUCGUAAUUCAGAAGACCAGGUGCAUUGCAUUGGCAAAGCUAAGAAAUACAACGAGACGGUAACCCGCGUAAAAGAGAUCCUGCUCAGCACAGUCAGUCCAGAGCAGUUUGUUUUAACACUACUUGAAGCGGAGCCUCCCAAUGUGUUGGUGAGUCGUCCCAGCAAACCAUUCACGGAGGCCUCCAUGAUGAUGUCCCUGACAAAACUGGCAGACAAAGAGCUGGUUCACAUGAUUGGCUGGGCCAAAAAAAUUCCUGGCUUCAUUGAUCUCAGCCUCUAUGACCAAGUAAGACUCUUGGAGAGCUGCUGGAUGGAAGUUUUAAUGAUUGGUUUGAUGUGGAGAUCAAUCGACCAUCCUGGGAAACUGAUUUUUGCACCAGACCUUGUAUUGGACAGGGACGAGGGGAAAUGCGUAGAGGGAAUUUUGGAGAUCUUUGAUAUGCUCCUGGCCAUGACCUCGAGGUUCCGAGAGCUGAAACUGCAGCACAAGGAGUAUCUGUGUGUCAAGGCAAUGAUUCUCCUCAAUUCCAGCAUGUUUCCCUUGUCAGCCGAAGAACCUGAAAGCAACAGGAAACUGCAUCACCUGCUUAAUGUAGUCACAGAUGCUUUGGUGUGGGUUAUUGCAAAGAGCGGAAUCCCCUCGCAGCAGCAGACAACUCGUCUGGCCAAUUUGUUGAUGCUCCUCUCUCACGUCAGACACGCAAGUAACAAGGGAAUGGAGCAUCUCCUGAGCAUGAAGUGUAAAAACGUGGUCCCAGUGUAUGACUUGCUGCUGGAGAUGUUGAAUGCGCACACUCUCCGAGGCCAAAGGAAGUCCCCGGUCACACACCCCGAAUAUGGCCCGUUAGAACAAAUGGAGACUGGAGACAGCCUGCGAAACGGGGCAGCCCAGUAA